UAAGUUUCGAUAAGCGGUCACACUGCAGACCAGAAAAUCGUCGACAAUAACGCGAUAACGGGGGCAGGGAGGAUAGCGAUCGCCGUCCUUCGCCUUUUGAGGAUUCGAUUCUGCAUCAUCGAGACAGAUUUAAAGGAGCAAACAAAAGUUAUAUAAACUAUAGACAUUAGUGCUUUGGUAGAGAAGAAGUGAACCCCCGAAAAAUCAGCCCCACCUGGCAGCGAGAUGUGUUAGAGCCAAAAUUCCAGGAACGCAGCGUACCGAGAACUGCCUACUAAUACAGAGACAGACUGACACGGCCAGCAAGGUGUUCUUGUGUGUGUGCGAGAGAGAGAAAUAGAGAGUUCGGUGUGUCGGUGUCCGCGUGUGUGUGAGAGAGAGCCACCAAAGUAGAGUGGAACAUAAUAACAGCAGAAGCUGGAAAGGAUUAGGAUUAGGAACAUGGCGCCGCAGGUGCAGCUCGGCCUGCUCCUCAUGCUGCUCGCCGGCUGCCAUGGUGGCGCACAGGCCGCCGUGGAGCCGGGCUGGCUGAUUCCCGACAAGGUGGAGCUGGCCAUCGGCGGCGACUUCAACAUCAGCUGCACCCUCAACGAGGCCUACUUCAGCGAGGUCAACGGCUCGGAGCGCUGCACCGUCGAUGAGCUAUACUUUCAGACCGGCAAUCUACAGUUUCGCAAUUCGACAUAUAUCCGAAUGCUAAACAACACUACCAUCCUGUUUAGCGCCCAUAACGCCGCCGAGCAGGAGCAGGAGUACCUGUGCAUGUGUCGCGACUACGUAAUCAACACCUCAAAGGUAUACGUGGGCACCAGUCCGCUGCUGGUUCGCGAUUUCAAUUGCCUGGACCACGACUUCCAGUUCAUGGUGUGCAACUUCACCCAGCCGCCCAACAAGGUCAUCACCAAGUACAAUAUCAGCUAUAACACCAACAACGACUGGCGCUACAGCAACUCCCUGGACUGCAACUUCGAUGCGGCGCCGGUGGUGAGUUGCAAUCUGACGGACGACAACUACAAGCGCUUCAGCGAGAUCUUCUACUUCCGCCUUUUCAUUGCGAACGGCCUGGGCCACGAGACGCAGCCAAUCACAAUAAAUCAUUUUGAGCGCUUGGUGCCGGCUCGGCCUGGUCAAAACUUGACCCUGGUCAACCGGACGGAGAGCUCCGUCUGCUUGUCGUGGGGGAUGCCACGGCGGUCGAACUACAAUCGCGGCCUGGUCUGGCAGGUACGCGUCUCGCCGCACAACUUUGAGCCCCUGAGCCGGACCAGCUGGCGCAACAUAAGCUCGACGAUCAAGGAUACCCUCUGCCUCACGGAAUUGCCCUUCGCCGGCUACAACUAUACGCUGCGGCUGCGCGUGCGCGCCAACCAAAACAACACGUUGUGGAGCGAGCCGUUGGUCUACGGCUUCGCCACCGCCCCGGCCCGACCACGCCGCCCGCCGCGCGUCACCUACGGCAGCUUCUACGUCUACUCCUCGGAGGAGGGCAUGCGCUUCUACUGGGAGCCCCUGGAGCCGCACGAGCUCAACGGGCCGGACUUUCGGUACAUAAUCAGCGAGUACCGCAUCAACGGGACCGUCGUAGAUCCUAGCCUUAUCAAGGUGGAGUCCAACUCGGCGAUGAUCGAGCAUUGGAACAAGAACGCCGUCCACCACUUCCUCAUUCGAAGCAGCAACAGCCAGGGCCAGUCCGUGAACGCCACCCCGAUGUCGAUUGGCCCGAUUAGCAACCUUGACUUCCGCCAGCGGGUGCCGAAGAACAUUCGCAGCGUUUACCAUCCGACCAACAAGAGCUACACGCUCAGCUGGGAGCCGCCGGAGGACCAGGUGGAGCUGAAGAACUACACCGUGUUUUGGUGCGUUCCCAAGCCGGGCCUGUUGUCGGAGUGUGAGGGGUCGAUCCGCUUCGCGGAGGUGUCCAGCGGGCAGCAGCUGUUUACCACGGCACGGGACCAGCCCUCACUCCACAUGGCAGUGUCCGCCAACUAUCGUUCGCACAACACGGGUCUCCGCUGGCUGAUCUGUAGCAGCGACAAGAAGGACGACCUGGCCAAGAUGGAGCCCUCGAUAGACGUGGCCACCAGCACCACGCUGACGGUUAGUUGGGGCACGGAGCGCGUCUGCGCAGUGAUUCUGGCCGGCUACAAUCUGACCUACUGUCAGCGCUCGACCGGCCGUCCGGACAACUGCACCACGGUUAAGGUGGACCGCUACACGAACAAGCACGUCAUCCAGGGCCUGGUGCCCUACACGGAGUACAGCGUCAAGAUGCUAAUGUACUCGGAGACGCGGGCCAGCAAGUACAGCGAUGAGCUGGUCAACCGCACCGGCGAGGCGGCGCCCAGUCAGCCGCGGGAGCUGCAGCUGCUCCGGGUGACCAGUGCCAGCGUGGAGCUAGCCUGGAAGCCCCCGCUGCUGGCCAACGGCGUGGUGCGGGCGUACGAGGGCACCUUCCGAUCGCUCCGCGACAACGUCACCGAGAAUUUCCGGGUGGGAGCCUCCACCGAGGAGCUGCUGGACAAGGAGAAGCCCAUCAGCUUCACGCUGGGCAAUCUCACGGCCUUCACGCACUACGAGGUGAGUGUGCGGGCACGGACACUCUAUCUCUCGGAUCCCAGCAAUGUGAUUUACCCCAGCACGGCUAUCGGAGUGCCCUCGCCGCCAACGCUUCUGGUGACCAACAACAAGGACCAGAGCUCACGACUUGUCUGGCAGGCGCCCAUGACACCGGCUGGCCGCAUCGACUUUUAUGAGAUCUCGCUUCGGGACAACAACGCCAGCUGCCUGAUGAGCACCAUUCUACCGGGCCGUAACCGCUCCUUCGUGAUGGCCACUCCGCGCUGCACCAGCCACAAUCCCUUCCAGCUGGCAGUCCGCGCCAUCAACGUGGAGCAGCAUCCGCAGUUCGACGGACCGGAUGGAGUCGGCGCAGUGCAACUGGUUUCUACCGGUUCUCAGGGAUGUGAGGCAAGGACCGACGCCCUCGACGAGGAGCAUCGGCUGCAGUUUGAGACCUACGCAGCCAACACGAGCGCCUACCGACUCUACAGAUCCGACUGGGGCACCUACGGGUUCAUCUGCACGCCGGACACGCACAGCGUAAAGGCUAUGUACCAGACCAUCGAGGUGAGCGUGGCGAUCCUGGUGCUGGGCGUCAUAUUCUACCUGGGGUACAAGAAGUACCGCAAGAUGUCCGAUAUCCAUUUGGUGCUGCCGCAGGGAAUUAUGGAGACCCUGAAGAAGCCAAUGGACAUGGGCGGCCUGGGCCUGGGCAUCGGACCAGACUCCUCCGUCAGCGGAGGAAUCGUCUGCACCCGGGUCGAUGAUUCGCCGCCGUACACGCCACAGGAUCUGCCGCACGACUUCAGCAGCUGCGGCAGCGAAAGCUCUAAACUACUGCUGCGCACAGCUUCGACCGGCGGCUGUGCGGAUCGCGAUGGAUACCCGCCCACCACUUACUUGGCCAUGCGCCACGGCCUUCUCGUCCAGAAUGACAGCGAGCGGCAAACGGAGUGCGAACAGACGAGAGAACGGGAGCAGCAAAAUCAGCACGAGAGGGACAUGGACAGGCACCAGGAGCAGGAACUGGAGCAGGAGCAACAGCAGAGGAGCUCCACCAAUGGCUACAUCAAGCCCACCCAGAUGAAGAGCUGGGCCGGCAACGGUCCUUCCGCAAAUGGUCACGCCUUGCCAGUUCCUUCGACCGCUCCGAUGUCCUCCCCGCUCAGUGGUUAUGUGCCGGUCCCCAUUCCGCAGUCGCGGUUCAAUCCAGCUCCAGUUCAAGCCAUUGCGCCGGGAUCUGUACCGUCCGCCGCCACUGCCGCCGCUGCGUCCGCCUUCUUUCCGCCAGCCCACCUGCUUAACAUGGACAACUACGUGCAGGCUUCGGACUUGCACAAGCUGAAGCCCCUCGUUGCAGCUCCCUUGAUGCCAUCCGGGGUAGACGUCCUGGCGGGACCUUCGCCAGCAGCCUCGACGUCGCCUUCGCCGUUCCAGCUGCCACCAGUCGGAGCAGCCGGGCAGCCAACUGCACCUACGCCCAAACUGGCCGACAUCGGCUACACCACCAUGGAGCAGCUGCAGCGCACUGGGCUGAUAAAGCCGCCGAUGGCCUCCGCCGUGGGAUCGCCGACGCACGUCGCCGGAGGAGCAUCAGCCAGCGGACACCCACACUCUCGUCAGCAGCCACAGAUCAAUGGUUACGUGACGCCCCAGGACCUGAACGCCCUAGCUCACAAUAGGCACGUCCUCUAAGGAGUCGGAGCGCCCAUCAUCAUUGCAUGCAAGUGCAUUCACUCACGGCGUGACAUUUUAUCAAUCCCUCACGUUCGCAUUUAUCAUUCAACUCACUAACCAUCAACCAUGUCAACGGAUCACCCCGGAACAAGGAACCUAGCAACUAGAACCUGGAACCUGCAACAUGCAACUUGGAACCACUGUCGGGCAGCUGUUUAUAGUAAUUAGUGGAGACUCCUCGGACGAAUGCAGUUUCUUCGUUUGUAUUUAUUCAAUGUAGUAUUUUUUUUAUAUUUUCGUACUGUACACCAACUUAACUAUCCGCGCGUCGAGCAGAUCGAGCUUAUAAUUAAUAAUUAAUGAUUAAUAACCUAUGUAAACCAUACAUACGCACAUUAAAAAUAAUUUUAACUAA